AGCUAGCGGGAUACUUACAGUUUCCUGAAACACCACUUAUCUCACGCCUUCUGCAUUGCAAUGCAUCUUUUCAUUUCCAAAAUCUCUCACCAGAGAAACCUCUCACUAGAGUCUAGGGUUUGAUAGCUUUGGCAAGAAUGGGGAGGGAGAGAAGAGAGAACCAUCGCGACCAAGAACAAGAGAAAAUCCAAAGGAAAGGAAAAAGUUCAGAACCUGAUCCUGAUUAUGAAGAAGACGCAGAGGAAGACUUGGAUGCUUUUGAUACUGAUGGGUUUAUUGUUGACGACCCCGAAUAUGAAGAAGAUGGUGAAGAAGAAAGUCGAAAACAAGCCCAAGAGAAGAAAAAGAGGAAAUCAUUGGGAACCAUUGUUCUUGAUGACGAGGAUCUUGAGUUGAUUCGCGAGAACAGGCGCAUCAAUCAAGAAGCAUCGAGAGAUGGAAAAUUGAAGAGACUUAGAAAGGCUGGUGUAGACUCUGCACUGAUGGAAUACUCUUCUAAUGACGGAGGAUCACUCUUUGAUAAUAUUGCUGAAGAUGACAUGGCAGAUUUCAUAGUGGAUGAAGACGUUGUCAUCCUCAAGAAGCCAGAUUUUCUCAGAGAACAAAAGUUGAAAGGCAUAAAACAUUCACCUUCACUUUCAAAAGGAGCCAAACUUAGUUUUGGCAAGGAAGGUCGGCUGGAAAAGCACAUUGAGAAUGAUCAAAUUCAGUCUGUUGAUCCUAACAAGUAUAAAUCGUUCAUCCCUGCUGACACGUAUGUACCUGGAGAGGGUCAUGAUAUAGAUAUACCUGAGAGGAUGCAGAUAAUUCAGGACAUUGUAGGAUCUCCAAUUGACGGAAUGAGUCUAGAAGAAGAAAGUUCUUGGAUACUAGGUCAACUAGCAUCUAACAUAAAUCCAUUAUUUAGUGAGGCUAACUCGUGCAGACUAGUCGAUACAGCCAAAAGGGGAGAUAUUAUUAGUUUCUUAGAAUUACAUCAUAAAAUGAAAUAUGAUAUUCCUUUUAUUGCGAUGUACCGGAAGGAACAAUGCCUUAGUCUUCUGGAAGAUCCAAAAUUGAAUGAUGAAUCAGAAAAUAUAUCGCUCAAAAUGCACAAGAUGCUCUGGAUAAUCCAAGAAUUAGAUAAAAAGUGGUGGCUUCUUCAGAAGCGGAAGAACCUGCUCAUGGAAUACUAUAACAAACAUUUUGAGGAAAAACUUCAACUGUCUUUCCUUGUUGAAGAAUCCAGUUUUCAUGCGCAGAUGUUUGAUUCAAUCACCAAUAUGCUAAAAAUUGCUGAAACAGAGACUGAGAUUGAUGAUAUCGAUAGGAGGUUUAAUUUGUAUUUCCCCCCAGUCGAGGAGCCUUUUGACUGCGGUUUUAGAAGACCUAUGACGAAAUCAUACUAUUCCAAUUGCUAUAAGGCAGGUCUUGGGUCACUUUCAAGCAAAUUUGGCGAUCCUGAGAAAUUCAGUUCUUUAGUUACUCUUUCUCAAGUGGGAACAAACAAAGAAGAAGAUUCAGAGGAAUCUCCAGAGCAAAUAGCUUCAAUAUACAAGUGUGAAACCUUUCAAACUUCAGAAGCUGUACUUAAAGGGGCUAGGCACAUGGCAGCAGUGAUGCUAAGCAGUGAGAUUCCUUUCAGGAAAUAUGUCCGCACCAUAUUUAUGGACAAGGCUUUAGUUUCAACUAACCCUACACUGGAAGGAAAUAUAGCUAUAGAUUCCUUUCAUGAAUUUGCUGGUGUUAAGUGGUUGCGGGACAAACCUCUCCCGAAGUUUGAGGAUUCCCAGUGGCUAUUAAUUCAGAAGGCUGAAGAAGAGAAGCUUCUUCAAGUUAAAAUACAUUUGCCUGAUCAUACCAUAAAUGAAUUGACAAUGACCUGUAAUGAUGCCUAUCUCAAAGAUAGUGAAGGGAUAUCUACUAGACUUUGGAAUGAACAGCGUAAAUUAAUCCUGAAGGAUGUCAUUUCCAAUUUCAUUUUGCCUUCUAUGGAGAAGGAAGCACGGGUAUUGUUAAAUGCCAAGGCUAAAAACUAUGUAUUAAUGAAGUAUGCAAUGCAAUUAUGGAACAGGGUCUCUGUGGCACCGUAUUUGAAAGAUGUGAGUGACACUGUACAGCAGAAGGGAGUAAUGGCUUGCUGUUGGGGAAAUGGAAAGCCAGGUACAACGUUUGUCAUGUUGGACUCUGGAGGAGAAUUGGUUGAUGUGAUGCAUGCUCGGUCGCUUACACUACGAUCUCAACAAAUCAUUGACCAGCAGAGCAGGAAAAAUGAUCAACAGUGUAUCCUCAGGUUCCUAACGACAUAUCAACCAGAAGUUAUCGUAAUAGGAGCAAGUAAUGCGUCUUGUUUGAAGUUGAGGGAGGACAUUAACGAGAUUAUUUCCAUGAUCUCAGAGCACAAUUUUCGAAACUUCAAUCAAGGAACGAACGUACUACCUACAGUUGUAUUAGGGGAGACAGUCUUGCCUCGUCUUUACGAAGAUUCAGAAAUUUCCACGAGGCAGCUUCCUAGACAAGACGGCAUUGUCAGGAGAGCUGUGGCUCUUGGACGUUACCUUCUAAACCCACUGGCUAUGGUGGCAACACUAUGUGGAGAGGAAAAUGAGAUUGUCUGUUGGAAGGUGACCCCCCUGGAGAAAUUCCUAACAAGUGAUGAGAAGUUGAAGAUGAUUGAAUGGGUCAUGACAGAUGUUACAAAUCAAGUAGGCAUAGACAUAAAUUUGGCAGUCAGACAUGACUGGCUGUUGGCCUCUUUGCAGUUUGUUUCUGGUCUUGGACCAAAGAAAGCCAAUAUUUUGUGUAGACAAUUGCUUGGAGGUGCCGAUGUGAGAAAUAGAAGGGAUUUUGCUAAAUUUGGGCUGAACACAAACAAGAUUUUUUGCAAUGCUGUUGGCUUUUUACGUGUUUCUUGCGAUGUAGCAGACAAUACUCUUGACCGUACCAGAAUUCAUCCAGAGUCGUACAAUCUUUCAGAGGAAUUAGCAAGGGCUGUUUACAGGAAACUUGUUCAGGAAAAUCCAGAAGCUGAUGUUUCCGAAGAGAGUGCAAUUGAAUGCAUUCAAAAUGAUCCAAACCUGCUAAAAAAAUUUGAUUUAAAUGAAUAUGCUGAUAGAUUGGAAAUAGAAAAUGGUGAAAACAGAAGGGUUACCCUUUUUGACAUAAAGAUGGAAUUACUCCAUGGUUUUAAAGAUCCUAGGAGGCCUUAUACGGAGCCAACUGAAGAUGAGGAAUUUUGCAUGAUAACUGGAGAAACUGGGGAUGUGCUAGUAGAAGGAAAAAGAGUUGAGGCAACAGUUCGUAAGGUGCUUCCUAAACAAGCAUUUUGUGUCCUACACUCCGGAAUGGCUGCAGUACUUUUUAAGGAUGACUUUUCAGAUGGAACUGAGAAUAUCUCUUUAACAGAAAAAUUGCGUGAAGGUGUUGUGCUUGCAUGCAAGAUCAAAUUAGUUGAUAAGAGCAGAUGCCAGGUAAAUCUGACUUGUAAGGUGAGUGAGUUGAAGAAUGAUAGCGACCAAAGUUUCCAUGACAUGGAUCCUUAUUACCAUGAAGGAAAGACCAUUUCAAUGAAUCAAUUGGAGGGAACAGAAGAGGUGGAGCUUGGAAAUAAACAUUUCUUGCCCAGGAUGAUUUCUCACGCUAAUUUUCAAAAUAUAAAUGCAGAUCAAGCAAAACAGUUCCUUGCAGAUCACGAAGUUGGGGAAUAUAUCUUUCACCCAAGUUCAAGGGGUCUAUAUUAUUUGACCCUCUCUCUUAAAAUUUGUAAUAGUGUUUAUGUACACAAAGACAUCCUGGAAGGUGGAAAGGGUAAUAAAUUAAAAAACUUGGCAGAACUUGGAGAGACAUUAAAAAUAGGAGAGGAAACAUUUGAGAACAUAAAUCAGGUUAUUGAACUAUAUGUCAAUCCACUAGUAGUUCAUCUGAAAGCUAUGCUUAAUUUUAGAAAAUUUAAGAAUGGCACAAAAGUUGAGGUUGAUGAACGGUUAAAGCAUGAGAAGGACGAAUAUCCAAACAGGAUAGUAUAUGGCUUUGGCGUUUCGUAUGAACAUCCUGGCACUUUCAUCUUGUCUUACAUUAGAAGUACAAAUCCACAUCAUGAGUUUGUGGCUAUCCAUCCAAAAGGAUUCAAGUUCAGGAAGCAAAUUUUCGAAAACAUUGAGCUGCUGGUGGCAUAUUUUCAAAAUCAUAUCAAUGAUAAUGUUGCGCUAGCAAAAUCCAGCAUAAAAGUUGGUUCAGUUAGUGAUUCCUUGUCUGGAGGGUGGAGAAACAGUGUCGAUCAACACUCUGAAUCAAAAGCUUACAAUGAUCAUCGGGGUGGUCGUGGUCCUCAACGUGGCCGUAGAGGCCGUGGACGAGGGUUUGGCCCUAGGUCUGGCUCUCGUGAUGAUAGUGCUGAUGAUUCCUUUACAGGCAAGAGUUGGGAAGUUAGGGGUUCUGGCGAAGGCGAUGGUGGGAGACAAGGUAGGGGUAGGGGUAGGGGUAGGGGAAGAGGAAGAGGAGGUAGAGGAAGCCAAGGUGAUACAAAUGAUGGUGGUUUUGAACCUGGUCAGAAUGAAGGGAGAGAGAGAGGAAGAGGGAGAGGACGGGGGAGAGGAAGGAGGGGAAGCCAAGGUAGUGAUGACCAAGGACGUGGUGGUUGGGGUAGAAAUAACCAUGGGAGUAGGAACCGUGCAGAUGGUGACUACAGUGAUGCUUACAAGGGUGGUGAUUGGGGACAGGGUUCUGAUCAGGGAAGAGGAUGGAGAGGAAGUCAAGGCAAUGACCAAGGAUGUAGUGAUUGGGGAGAAGGUCCUGAUCAAGGAAGAGGAUGGAGAGGAAGCCAAGGCAAUGGCCAAGGAUGUAGUGGUUGGGGUGGGAAUAACUCGAAUGAAGAGAGGAACGAAGGCAACAAAGAUUGGGGACAAGGUAAUGGUGGAUCCGGAAGUGAGAACAAAGGAUGGGGGAAGAAUGCAAGUCCUUCUGGUGGUGGAGGUGGAUGGGGAUGGACGGGGUAAAAGUUGGUAAGAAAUACUGACCCGAGUACUUGCUAAUUUCCCAUUAUUGAAAAAUAGGAUUUCUUGUUUAGACUACAUUUCUUUUAUAUUUCACCUUCGUGAUAGUUACUCCAGUAAGUAAAAGAUUCAAUGGAACCUGAAACAAUUCAUAACUGAAUCAAGUCUGAUUGGAUUGAAUUUUUAUCCUAA